AUGGACAACUACUACCAUCAAUCAAAGCUAGCAGUUGAACAACCCCUAAUCGACACCUCCACCUUCUCGUCUCUCAUUCUCCACGAGCCCCCACCUGUUUCCAAACCCUUCUUCUCUCUCCAACGACGUACAUCACCGGCGACACACCUACGACUAGUCACCGGAGCUUUAUUUGCGUCGCAAAAUAUAUCUACCGUUCUGGAAGUUCGAACCGAAGGCGAACCAGCUGUUGCGGAGGAAUUAGGGCAAAAUGUUGAUCAGAUCAUCGUGAAGGUUGAUGAGAAAGAGUAG